CCGACAUCGCCGCCUCUGCUCCCGCGAGGACCCUGCGCGGCUGCGCGGCACCGGCUGCACCCUUGCCAGCCCGACCGGUUGCGGGAUCGUGUAUGCCCUCUUCCGCAUGUCCAACGGCAAGCUGCUCGUGCCGGGCGAGCGCGGGCUCGUUGGAGCAAGCGCCAGCGCCGAGGCCGGCGCCGCGCCGCUCGAGGCGGCGGCGUGGCGCCUGAUCGAGGUGGAGGGCUCGUGGUCGCGCGGUGGCUGGGUCCAGCUGCGGCACGUGCUCAGCGGUGCCUUUCUGCGGCUGGUCCCGCCGCCGCACCCUCUCCAGUGGACGUUCAGCGUGGACGGUCAGCCGGCCUCGCACGCCUCGCUCUUCCAGCUCGAGUGCGACAAGCCGCCUUGCGACGGCUCCGCGCCCGUGCACCUCCGUGUGCACCCGGACGCCACCGGCGCGCGCCUCAACUACAGAGGCGACGACCUCGUCCGCGGGCACGGCAACGCGCCUCCGUGGGCGCCCGCGCCGCGGCUUCCGUCGACGCGCAUCGCGAUGCAGACAAUCAGCCUGUCGCGGCUGGCUGCCGAUAUGCGGCAGUGGGCGCGCAUGCCCGUCGGCGCCGUGCUCGAGCUGCUGCAGACGCUGGUGGGCGUGCGUCGCGGCGAGUCGCUGCCCGCGCUGCUCGACGUCUACCUCAACUGGGAGCGGCACACUGCGCGCGCUUCGCCGACGCCGCGCGUCUACGUCGACAACGACCAGACCGCGUACGCUUGCCUCUUCGUCUCGCAGCACCUCGCGCGUGCGUGCGGCGCGAGGGGCGGGAGUACCAGGCGGCCGCGCG